AAAUGUGUACACUUACUCCGUGAAUGCGUCAGAAUUGUGACCUAUACGAGAAUGCAACCUUGAGAGGGAUGCAGAUGUGUCAGAUUUCAUGUGGUCUGUUUGAAUGCACUGUAAUAGAUGAGACAUUACACUGUUACUUUGUCACAAACAAUACUGCAAGAAUUGCAGAAACAUAUGCAAAAAUAUUUCUGUAGCAAUAUACCUUUAAAUCACUGCAACCUAAUUCAACACCCACUGAUUCUGGUUAAAGUGAUGUAUAGUAAGUAAAGGUUUGCAGUCUCCCAGCCCAUCAUUUGCUCCAUAUUGCUGUGUUUCAACUUCAUGUGCUCUUUUUUUAGGCUGCCUCCCAAGAACACACAGGUUACUGGGCCAGGAAUCCAGAACAACACACAGGGAGUGAUUGCAGCUGUUUAAAUGAUGCUGUAUAAAUUCUCCUAUACACUCCCCGAGCUCACAGUCCCAGCUGCCUCCCUCCUAACACAGUGGCAGCCUGUGUAAGUGCAGCACGGCUUUUCGCUGGGCAGAUCUGGUUUUCCGUUUCUGCCUCUCCGGCCAACAAUGAUGCUUUGAUCCCUGGUGGCUGGAAUGCCAUCUAGACCUUGAUCCGUGAGGACUGCUAAUCACUAAAUGGUCAGCUCCACGCCUAAAAGGAACUGUUAGCACACAAGGGCGUUUUGAUAAAUGAAUAGCUCUAACAGUGGAGAUUCAAGUUUGGGCUCUUGUUCUUGGUUUUAAUUGCUUGCUCAGGGACAGGGACUGCAGUCUUGAUAGGUUCCUGAAGGCCAAUACUAAUAGUGAUACAUUUAGUAUUGAAGCUUCUGGUUGUCAGCACUUUGUAUCGACAAUUAAUGUUUUUAGACUUAGUCCCACAUGUAAGCAUUCAGAGUGGAAAUGCUUUUGAAACAACACUCAGACUGUGGUGUAAUCCUCAAACUUAUUCAUGCAAACUUAAAUAUCUCUCUCUCUCUCUCUCUACUGUAUUUCAUUAGAAUCAGACAUAUUGAUGUAUUGAUGUAUUGAUGUAUUCUACGGUUCAUACCCAGUGAUGGCCGUGUCUGCAGCCGUAAUCAGGCCAGUUUGUUUAACCCGAGUCUGGGCUGUCAUUUGUGUCAUGUCUCAGCCGAAUUGGGGAACCAGACAUGGCCCGACUUAUUUAUUUUGUCGUGCCAAGUUUGGGCCAAUACCGGGUCAGGUCAUGUUGACAACAGCCCAGUGAUAGUAUUGGCAGCCGGAAUCAGGCUUGUUUAUUUGGCCCAAUUCUGGGGCGUCAUUGACGCUGAGUCUCAGCUGAGUUGGGCAACCAGACACAGCCUGAGUUAUUUCUUCCGGCAAGCCGAGUUUGGGCCAGUGCUGGGCCAGGUCAUUUUGGCUACCUGGGUAGUCAAUGAAACUGCCUCAUAUCUCCCAUAUCAAAGGUGGAAUGGCAGUGAUAAGUCUGUUGUUCCAAGAUAAAAAAAAAAAAAAAAAACACUUCCACCAGCUUCAUAUAUUGACGGAUGGCAGGUAAUCUCAAGUUCCGCUAAACUUUGACGUUGUUCAGGAAUGAAAGGCUUUACACUGUUAUUAAAUACAUAUUGGAGUUUCCAAGCAGCAAAGCUAGCUGACUAGAGACCUGUUAUUUUCUUGCUUGGGCAGGACAGGACAGGCUGACAGUUAUGUGGGAUGACUGCAAACGGCUCAGCUCGCCUGUCUAAAAGCAGUCCAGGAGAAUACACCAUGACUGUGCAGAAAAACCAAUGUGUACGGCUACACAAGCUCCACUAUCAAUCAUCUGCAUGUAUGCUGCCACUGAUCGAUUGUACAUAAUAAAAGAGCACUCAACUGAAAAAAUUUAGGACACUGGUGUUGGUGGUGGCUGUAUUGAUUGAGCUGCCCCGAAGUUUUCCUGCCAGGUUUAACAGCCAGCUGAAAUAGAGAGCAGUGUGUGGGAUAAAUGUGUGAUUUCAACAGCCACUCAGGCUGCAGAGUGUGUUUUUAACACCACCAUUUCCUGUGUGACCCCAUUCUGUGUCCAACCACUGUUAUCUACAGGAUUAAUUGCAAAUCCCAGAUUAUGGGUUUAUUAUUUCUCAUGCUUUUUGGGAUUGGACAGAACCAAAGGGACGAUUUUUGGGUUUGGUGAUUUUUAGUUCCAUUAACACCAGAUUAGGUCUUUUUAAUAUCCCCCAUCCUCUGUCAUGCUGAGGUCCCAAAAUAUGCAACUAGUACAUCCUCUUAUAUAUUGAGAGCAUAUGCAUUUGUUCCUUCCCAAUAAUAUAGAGGUCUGGCACAAACUGAUAACAACAGGUGCAAAUAAGACAUUUAACAAUCUUUCAUAAUCGGUGCCUCCGAUAGUUGCAGAUAGCUGCACAGUCUCACAUGGGGAUGUACAUCACUGACGAGAGCUAAACAGGGGAGGGUCGUGUUAAAUGAUCAGUGGGUACAGCAGCUCCAGAGAAAGCAGGUCCUCUCUUCUGUGGGACUGUGUCUUGCGUAUUAUUCUUCAUUUUCACAUGUAUUGUCUUUACAGUCUUUUAUUGAUUGAUCUAAAUGGCAUUUCUGAGAAGUUCCAGUCUGGUUUUAAGCUACUCCAUAGCACAGAAACGGCGCUUUUAAGAUUUUUAAAUGACCUUCUUUUAACAGUUGACUCAGGUAACUCUGCUGUCCUGGUCCUUCUGGAUCUGACAGCUGCUUUUGAUACAGUCGAUCACAAUAUUCUCCUGUCACACUUAAAUACUUGUGUGGGCAUUAGGGGUACUGUUCUGAAGUGGUUUCGAUCCCACCUCUCAGAUAGAAGCUUUUCUGUCCAGCUGGUCCAGUAUUCUUUGGCCAUUUCCCCCCUGAGCUGUGGGGUGCCUCAGGGUUUCAUUUUGGGCCCUCUCCUUUUUUUUAAAUAAGCAUCCUACCUUUACCUCUAUUUGUAGAAAGCACAUUGUCUCAUUUCAUUGCUUUGCAGAUGAUGUACAAAUCUAUCUGCCGUUAAAAACAAAUGAUUGAGCAUCUGUCCAUGCUUUAUUAGGCUGCCUCAAUGACAUCCGGUCCUUGAUGGAAGUAAAAUUUCUCUCCUUGAACAAAAAUAAAACCGAGAUAAUUUUAUUUGGCCAACAAAACCUCUUGGAUGGCUAUGACAGUGCCAUUGGGACCCUCAAGUCUCACUGUCAUCCUUUUGCAAGGAACCUUGGUUUUAUUUUAGACAGUGAUUUUAAAUUUGACAAACAAAUAAGCCCUAUAGUCAAAACAAGCUUUUUUCAGUUGAGACUAUUAGCAAAAGUAAAGGCAUAUCUCCCCAGAAAUGAUUUUGAAAGAGUUAUCCAUACCUUUGUUACAUCACGCUUAGACUGUUGUAAUUAUUUGUUUUUUGGUCUCGACCAGUCAACACUUCGCCGUUUACAGGUAGUCCAAAAUGCAGCUGCCCCCCUGCUGACUGGAAAGAAAAAGCAGGAUCACAUUAGCCAUGUCCUUUCAUCUUUGCACUGGCUGCCCGUUAAUUUUAGAAUCCAGUUCAAAGUUCUAUUAAUUGUUUUUAAAUGUUUAAAUGGUUUGGUACGAUCUUAAUUAUCAGAGCUUGUUCAGCCUCACACUACUACCAGGGCACUUAGGUCGUCAAACCAGUUGCUCCUGGAAGUAUCUCGGUCCAGGCUCUCUACCCGUGGGGACCGAGCCUUUUCAGUAGCGGCCCCAAAGCUGUGGAACAGCCUACCUUUCCAGGUUAGAGCUGCGCAGUCUGUUGAGCACUUUAAAACUCUGCUGAAAACCCAUCUUUUCUCCUUGGCGUUCAAUCCAUGCUAGGCGAGUAUUCUCGGCUCUUUUCUUUCUUACUUUCUCUUUUAUUCUAACUUUGUUCUAAAUUGAUUUCUUUUUAUUGUUUUAUUUAUGACUAUAUUUGUGCUUGAUUAUUUAUAUUGUAUCUUAGUAACUGUACUGUACAGCACUUUGGUCAACUGAGGUUGUUUUUUAAAUGUGCUUUAUGAAUAAACUUUGACUUGACUUGACUUGACUAUUGACAUGAAGUUUUUGCCUGGACCACAACAGCAGGCCCCACACUAUAGCUCUAUUAGGGCUAGCGGGUGUAAGGGCCAGUUAAUUAGUUGUUGGCUUUUUCCUGUUCUGAACUAUUGUCAUUAAAUCAGCCUCUAAAAAUCCACGACUGGUCAACCUCUGUGAUAAAAAAAUAUGUAAGCAGUAGUAGUGGGACUUUUAUUUGACAAAAUUGAAGACAUUUUCACCAUAAAUUGCCGCAUAAAAAUUCACCACAAUGCAGGAAAUUAACUGUGUCAAACAUUCUAGCAGAGGACCCCUAAACCCCUUGUUUCAUAUGUGUCCCCAAUAGUGCUGAAAAGAAACCUACGCCCUGACCUCUGGUGAUCUUCUGACUUUUCAUCUAGCAUCAGCUGCCUUAGCACUAAUUAGCAAAUGUUAGCAUGCUAACAUGCUAAUCUAUGAUGGUGAAUAUGGUUAACAUUCUUUCUCACAGACCUGCCAGUAUGACUGUAGACUUAGUCUCGUUAAAUGGGUAGUUUCAUAUUAGAAAAAUACAUUUUACUACCUUACUUACCUAUUUUACAAAGACCUGAACAAGAGAAAACAAGAGAAACAUUGAACUACAAAUUAAAAAAAAAAAGGUUCAGAAAUGUGACCUAUCCCUUCUAUCCUAGUUAAUCUCUCUUUCUGCUCAUUAGAGGCAAUUUUAGUCAAAAAUUUUGAAAAACUUUUAAAUUCAUUUGAGUAAGUUUCCUUCUUUUCCAUCUUUUUACGCCCUGUUAUUUAACUCAGUGUUGACUUAGCUCCCAAGUACCUCCUGUGGCAACACAAGUGUGUAUUUGCUAUGUUUCUAAAAAGGAUUGACAAUCAAUUCUUCCUGUCAGAAUGAAUGAGGAGCUGGUCAAUAACUCGGUAAACAUGCUUCUUGGACUUUGGCCUUAAAAAUGACAUGAUGCGUAAUAAAUAAUACCGCAGUAAUUACACAUAAUUAUGUUUUACUUCAUGUACCACACAGCUUUAAACAAUGACUAAUUCAUCUCUUGGGUAACAUGACAAUGUAAUGCCUCUGGCAGAGGUUAAGUCAUCACAGUUGGUAUACCAGUUACCAGAAGAGAUGACAGGUUCCAGAAAAAGGGUGCAGUGUUGUCAGAAGGCCUGGCAUUGGUUGUGUGAACUGCAACAAAGAGGAAGAAAAGCGUUAAACCUUUGCCAAAGAGACAAAUAGAUCAGUGCUGUUUCUGCUUUCAGGAAUAUGGAGGCUGUAGCUCCUCUCCGUCCCCAACAGAAGGGCUAGGAUCAGCCUGAUUGCUACUUCCCCACCUGUCUCGCCCCGCCAUGGCGAGCAGGAGUCCCACCCUGAGCCGGGAAGCUGGGGACUCGGCACCGAGGACCCCUGAGGCCAGCGCUAACCCCCAGCCGGGGCCCGAGGCCUUCUGCAAGCUGUGCCUCAGCGAGCAGCCGUCAGCAGCCACCAGGGAACUGCAGAGCUGCGAUUGUGUCUUCUGCACAGCGUGUUUGGAGCAGUAUGUUCAGCUUGCCAUCAUGGAGGGUGGGGGAGCACCCAUCACCUGCCCUGAUAUGGCCUGCCAAAAGACCGGAGUGCUACUGGACUCCGAGAUUGCUAGUUUGGCCCUAGAAGAGCAGGUGAAGCUGUAUCAGCGUCUGAAGUUUGAGAGAGGGGUGAAGUUGGACCCCAGUAAAGCCUGGUGCCCGGUACUUGAAUGUCAGGCGGUCUGCAGUUUGCAGCUGAGCACUGAGGGCCAGCCCACCGCUGUGCCCUGCCCGACCUGUCACACCGUCUUCUGCUCUGGGUGCAGAGGGCCCUGGCAGGACGGCCAUACCUGCCCUGAGCGCCAGCCCAUGAUGUCGCCCUCACCGUCUCAUGAAAGCAGGGCUCGCUCCAACAGUGACUCUGAUAUGCCCAUCAAGCAGUGUCCCAUGUGUGGUAUCUACAUUGAGAGGAACCAGGGCUGUGCACAGAUGCUGUGUAAGAGCUGCAAACACACCUUCUGCUGGUACUGUCUGCAGAAUCUAGACGGUGAUAUCUUCCUGCGGCAUUAUGAUAAGGGACCGUGCAGAAACAAGCUGGGACACUCCAGGGCCUCAGUUAUGUGGAACAGAACACAGGUUGUGGGCAUCCUGGUGGGGGUCAGCAUCAUUGUGCUGGUGACGUCUCCGCUCCUCCUGCUGGCCUCGCCAUGCAUCCUGUGCUGUGUCUGCAAGCCCUGCAGCGGAAAGAAGAAGAAAAAGAAGAAGAAGAAGGACCUCAGCCAGCCGGACUCCUCCACAUCAUAGCAGCUCCCCUUCUCAUCAGCCCAGCCCAGGAUCACUCCACUAAUCUCACAAAGCCCCAGGAAACCAAGAGAGUGCAAGCGCUGCAUGUUUGGAGUAACACUGAAGUACUUUUUCAGGACUUGACAGACUGGAAGCCUUGUUCAUGGUUCGGUAACAUUGUCGAGAUCAACAAGCGCAGACUUGCAUCUUAAAGCUUGGGGAAAGAGCUGCUUAAAUCUUACUCUUUAAUCACAAGAGUAUGUACUUUAUGAGAUGGAAGUGUAAAUAAGAGGAGAAUGAAUGUAACUGGCCUAGUUGUUUUCAGAUGCACAACAGGAAGACAAGGAGACAGUGGUGGCCGUAAGAGUUUUCCUUGACAGGGCUUUUGUUAUCUCUCUCUUUCUCUUACACACACAAACACACUCACACACACACAUGCGGUUCAAAGAGCAACGCCACCCUCAUGUGCCAAACGUCAUGAUGCCAAACCAGAGGUGUUAGGUGCUCAAGUGCCUCACUCUACAGUGCCUGGUGCUUGGUUGUAUUUGCUUUGCCUUCCAUUCUAUCUUUAUCUUAUGCAAAAAUUUUAGCAUUAUGAAAAUGGACAACCGUCAGGAUCACACAGGGUUAUAAAUCCCUAAACAAUGCAAAACAUCCUUUCAUAGCGGGAGAAGGCAAACAGCGUCAUAUGUGCACUGUAUAUUCUGUGCUGAUAUAAAAUAUGAUAGGGCUUUAGUGGUGCACAGAUAACUUUUCUUCUGCAAAUGUUUGUUGUUUCCACCUGGCAUAUUGUUCCAGACCAAAGGCUCUAAAGGAUAAUGUGUACUUUUCUAAAGUGUGUUGAUGUGUAAUUUAUGGGUUAUGUGUGUAUGGUAUCCUGUUCAUUUCUACAUUUCUGUUGAUGUUUCUGCGUCAGACAUUUUAUAAAAGCGCCAUUGUAAUUGAAAUAAACAUACUGUACUGAACAUG